AUGCGACCAAAUCGGACGAGGUGUGUUGAAUUCAUACUGCUGACGCUAUUUGUCGUCUUUCUGUUCAAGACACUUGGAUUUUGGGAAGACAAGUUCUCAGUGCAGAGGGGCUUCGUCUACCGACUAAGAGAUGGAGACGAGUCUCACCCCGUAGAGAAUCUGCACGCCGCAGCUAAGAAGCAAUUCUUUGAUCUUCUGUCGCGGCAAUCUGUUACUGCUGCAGACGCCGUGGUUGAAUAUAGGAGAAGGUAUGGGAGAAACCCGCCACCGGAGUUCAACAAGUGGUUUGCUUUUGCAAAGAAGCAUGCUUCGCUGAUCGUGGACGACUACGACGAAAUGAUGCGGUCACUAGAGCCAUUCCGGAAGAUGGCGCCCAGCGACGUCUUGCGGAUUAUGGAACGAGCAAACUCCACGGAGCAGACCCGCGGUUAUAUCAAAAAGUGCUCUGUCGUUCAAGGCAAGCUCAAGGAUUGUGGUGCUUGGGCACAUGUCAUGAGCCGCUCAUGGUCCAUUGAAAAGGUUCUGCAGGACCUACCGAAUAUCAUUUUCAUUGCCAACUACAUGGACGAGCCUGCGGUUUUGGCAAAGCAUCAGACCGUCGAAGUCUCGCCGGUAGAAAGUGAUGAGAAGUUUAUGUGGUCCACAAUUCACCACGAGCCUAUAUGGCCCCAAGUGUGGGGUGUUUGUGACAAAAUCAGCGAGCAUAAACAGCCCGAAACCUCCUUAAUGACCCAAUCCCUCUUGCACUUCGUGGGAAACGUCACUCCGGAGACAGAUUUGUGUAAGCACCCUGAGUUCAAGGAGAUUCACGGUUAUCUUGCCUCUGCCAUCAAUUCACUCCACAUCGACCGUGCUGUGCCCGUCCUCUCACGCGCCGUUCCGUACCCCUUCGGUGACAUAUUAUUUCCCGCGCCAAGUUACUCCUGGGCUCAAUUCUCUUACAGUUCCUGGCGAGAUCGGUCAUGGCACCGGAAGAAAGACGCACUAUACUGGGCAGGAAGCAAUACCGGGAGCUAUACGCGUGACGAGACAUGGCGGCGGCACCAUCGGCAACGGUUAGUGCUACUAGGAUUUGGAAAGAUUUCCAAUUUUGCUGGACAAAAGGGCAAAAAAUCUUUCACAUACCUCGAAAGAGCAGAGCAAAGAAGUCACUGGACCCCCUACACAACGUCGCGCUUUGAUAGAUCGUUGUAUAACGUUGCCAUAACCAAAAUCUCGGAAUGCGACGAACCAGCCUGCCAACAACAAAAGGAGACCUUCCGCCCACCAAGAAAUCCAAAAUCGUCAUCGGAGCCGUACCGGUACAAAUAUGUCUUUGACAUUGACGGGAACAGUUUGAGCGGACGCUUCUACCGCUUGCUAGCGAGCAAUAGUGCUGUGUUAAAGACCACCAUAUUCAAGGAGUGGCAUGACGAGCGGCUGAUACCGUGGCUGCACUAUAUUCCCGUUAGCCUAGGCUUUGACGAGCUGCCAGAGCUGAUGAGAUUCUUGGCCACAACGGACGAAGGGCGUGAGAUCGGGCGAAGAGUAGCACAAGAAGGAAAAGCCUGGCAUGCUAAAGGGCUCAGAGAGGUUGAUCGCGGUGUUUAUUUUUAUCGACUGCUGAUUGAGUUAGCCUGGCUACAGAAUCCAGACAGGGUCGCAAGUUAA